CGCGCUUCACCUAUAUAUGUUUCCCUUUGUGUGGUUUGGUUGAGUGAUUACAAUACAAAUACAUUACAAAAAGUGAAUGGGACGUGGUACAUACACUCUAUUGAAUGUAUAUUUCUGUAACUGACCAUAAAACCCAAGACCUGGUCAAACCAGUUACUCAUUCACUGUGGUCCGACCUACAAGGCUAGUCCGACCGACAAGGCUAAGACAGUAAGGGAGUAAGACAUUUUCAGAAAGAUGGCAGCCGCACAGAGAAAAAUGUACGAGGACUUUUUUGAUAAGACAGAUGCAAUGGGACAGAAGGACGGAAAAGUCUCUAUCCAGGAACUUAAAAAGAUGGUUGUAGAUGGUCUGGGACAGAAGAAGACGGACCGGGAAAUAGCGGAAAUGUUCUCUGACAUUGACAAGAAUGGGGACGGACAGAUAACAAAGGAGGAAUUCCUGUCCGAAAUGAUGAAGAAAGAGAGAAGAACAGCCGUGGAGGAAGCCUUUCAGAAAAUUGAUAAAAAUGGCGACGGGAAACUGGCCAGGGACGAAGUGGCGGCCGCUAUGAGAGAGAUUGGUCAUUUUACGGACGAAGAGAUCGAUAAAUUGAUCAAAAAAGCGGACAAAAACAAUGACGGUGUCAUUGAUCGGGCAGAAUUCGAAAAAGAAGUGUUCUAAUAGAAGCUCAUUGCAAUCUAUGCAUCCACUGCUGUUUUUGCUUUAAAUGUUUUUGUAUGUUUUUAAUGAAAUGCAAGUAUUUCCCAUAUGAAAUCCUAACAACUUCUUAGAUAACCACUUCGCUUUUAUACUGACUGGCAUCUCAGAAUAAAUUUAGUUUAACAACAGCAAAAUACCAUCCUUUUCCACAUUAUUAAUCCAUAUUGUUCUGUUUCUAAGAAAAACUUAAAUAAAUUUCUGAAGAUAAAAAAAUAAAUUCUAAGCUUUAUGCAAUUCACACACAUGUAAAUAUAUAAUUAUGAACAAUUUUAAAAAAUGUAAUAAGAAAUGACUGCCAUUGUAAUGUCACCAGUCCGCAUCAGUGCUUAUUUGGGCAUACAUUCAAACUGUAUCAGUUUUUCACGAUCACUGUACUUUAUGUACAAGCUAGAUAUCAAAGAUGCUUUGUUAUUGUAGUAGACAUUGAUUCAUGACACAUGUUGGAAAUCCAUAAAAAUAAGACUUAGCACGUAUCAUAAAAGGUAAACAUUUUACAUGUAGCACAUAUCUUCUAAAUUCUGUAGGAAAAGGCUAUUUCUGAUGAAGUUUAUUUUAUUUGCAAACAAAUCAACCCAAGAAUUCCCGAAAAAAAUGUUUUAAUCGCUUGUUGCCUUAUGAAGCUUUAUCUUGAGGUACAUAUUCUCUCUCUACUGUAAUUGUAAAUUGUUGUUUCUUGGUACAUGUUUUUCCUGUAAAUAUCACUUGUAUAGAAGAACACAUUUACUAGUUGUUUUUUGAAUCUUUUUUUUUUUUUUUUAGAUAAAGUUGAAUAUAAUGUUUUACUGAUUUGUAGAAUUUUUAAAUAUAGCUCUUGCCUAUUAUACAUUACAUAUAGAUUUAAAUCAAAUCUAUUCGGAACCACGAAGAUUCAUUUAAAAUAAAGCGAAACUAUUUCA